AUGAUGCUGCUGAUAGCAGAUCUGCUGCUUCUUUCUCUUCUGGCUGUCAGAGGAGGGAAGCCCAUGUGUCAAACAUAUGGCACAAAAGAACGGUCUCAGUUUUCUAAGGAGGGAGACAUCAACAUUGGAGGCAUUUUCUCCUUCCAUCAGAACCCAGUCAGUGUCAAUCCAGCUCACCAAGUCAACCCGGGAACAAUCCAGUGUGAAGGACUGGACCCAGGAGAGCUUCAGUACGCGUACACUAUGAUAUUUGCCAUAGAGGAGAUCAACAACAGCUCAGAGAUGCUGCCGGGAGUGACGCUGGGUUACAGGAUCUUCGACUCCUGCCCCAGCAUCCCUCUGUCCAUCAGGGCGUCGCUAAACCUGAUGAAUAGGUAUGACAGUGGGGAAGGCAGAUGUAGCAAACUCACAAAUGUGCACGCUGUCAUAGGGGAAACCACAUCUACCUCUACAAUAGGUAUUGCACGCACCAUGGGACCCUUCCAUAUACCUGUGAUCAGUCAUUCAGCCACUUGUGCAUGUCUUAGCAACAGAAGAGACUAUCCAUCUUUCUUCAGAACCAUACCUAGUGACAUUUACCAGAGCAAAGCCCUAGCAAAGCUUGUGAAACACUUUGGCUGGACCUGGGUAGGCGCUAUUAGAACUAAUAGUGACUAUGGGAACGGCGGCAUGGCCACUUUCCUGGAAGCAGCAGAAAGGGAAGGCGUGUGUGUCGAGUACUCGGUGGCUAUUUACAGAACUGAUCCCAGGAAGUGGUUCCUAGAGGUGGUGGACAUUAUAAAGAAAUCCACCUCUAAGGUGAUAGUGGCGUUUGCUGACGGCACAGACCUCGACAUACUUAUUAAGGAGCUUCACGCUCAGAAUGUGACAGGCCUGCAGUGGGUGGGCAGCGAGGGCUGGAUCACCUAUCGCUACAUUGCCUCUCCGGUGAACUACGCCGUGGUGCAGGGGGCGGUGGGCUUUGCGGCGCUAAAUGCUCACAUCCCCGGGCUGCAGGAGUUCCUGGCUAACAGCCGGCCCUCCACCACGCCGGGGGACCAGGGACUGGUGGAGUUGUGGGAGACGGUGUUCGGCUGCACCCUGACUCCCCAAGCAGAGGGUUCAGUCGCAGCCCCGUGCACUGGGAAAGAGUCUUUGUGGGACACGAACACACGCUUCACAGAUGUUUCAGAUGCCAGUUUGCUGAAUAAUGUUUACAAGGCCACGUAUGCUGUCGCUCAAGCGUUGCACAUGUUGUUUACCUGCAAAGAUGGAAAGGGGCCUUUUGAGAACAAUACUUGUGCUGAUAGGGAAAAUGUUCAACCAUGGCAGGUGCUGCACUACCUAACGCAGGUCAAUUUCACCACUAAGAUUGGUGAAAAUGUGUUCUUUGAUGAGUUCGGCGACCCUGUGGCACGUUACGCACUGGUAAACUGGCAGAUGGAUGAGACGGAUUACAUAGUCUUUGAAACCAUUGGUUUCUACGAUGCCUCCCAGCCUGAGGGUCAGCAGUUUGAGAUGAAACUAGAUGUGAGAGCUAUCUGGGCAGGCGAGAAUCUGGAAGUACCGAGGUCUGUUUGCAGUGAGAGCUGCUUGCCAGGGACCCGCCGGGCUUUCGUCAAGGGCAAGCCUAUCUGCUGUUUCGAUUGCAUCGCCUGUGCUGAUGGGGAGUUCAGCAACAGCACAAAUGCAGUGAAAUGUGACAAAUGCCUCCCCGAGUACAAGUCCAACGAAGAGAGGAAUCACUGUGACUUGAAAGCUAUUGAGUUCCUCACCUUCAGGGAACUGAUGGGUAUACUGUUGGUCACCUUUUCUGUCUUCGGCGCCUGCCUGGCGAUGACUAUAGCCCUGAUAUUUUUCCACUACAGGCACACUCCUAUCGUAAGGGCCAACAAUUCUGAGCUGAGCUUCCUGCUGCUCUUCUCCUUGACUCUAUGUUUCCUGUGUUCUCUGACCUUCAUCGGCCGGCCCUCUGAGUGGUCCUGCAUGCUGCGACACACAGCGUUCGGCAUUACCUUUGUCCUCUGCAUCUCUUGUGUUCUAGGGAAAACUAUAGUGGUGUUAAUGGCCUUUAAAGCGACAUUUCCAGGUAGUAAUAUGAUGAAAUGGUUUGGGCCUGCACAGCAGAGGCUCAGCGUCCUGGGUUUCACUCUCAUACAGGUUUUAAUUUGCAUACUUUGGCUGACAAUCAACCCUCCUUUUCCAUUCAAAAAUAUGAACCACUAUAACGAGAAGAUUAUACUAGAGUGUGCCCUGGGAUCACCUGUAGGGUUCUGGGCUGUGUUAGGAUACAUAGGGCUCCUAGCUGUGUUGUGUUUUGUAAUCGCUUUUUUGGCUCGAAAGCUGCCUGAUAAUUUCAAUGAAGCUAAAUUCAUCACUUUCAGCAUGCUGAUAUUCUGUGCAGUCUGGAUCACAUUUAUCCCAGCUUAUGCCAGCUCUCCUGGGAAGUUCACUGUGGCUGUGGAGAUAUUUGCUAUUUUAGCCUCCAGUUAUGGAAUGCUGUUUUGUAUUUUUUUGCCCAAGUGCUACAUCAUUUUAUUAAAGCCUGAGAACAAUACAAAGAAACAUCUGUUGGGUAAAGUGACCCCAAGAGCCCUUUGA